AUGUUUCUUUAUCUUUUUCUCCUCUCUCUUUCAGGAGAAAUAUCGACUUCUCUUUUUUUUUUCCCUGUAUUUCUCUUCUUCUUUUUUUCUUUCUUUUGCACGUGUCACUUUUUGUUGUCUCCCACUCUUUUGUUUCUUUACUCUAUCUUUGUGCAACAUAAAAAAACUGCUACAUAUUUUUUGUUGUUGCUGUUUCUCUUUUCUUUCCCGCCGAAAUACCGUUGCUUUUAUUUUAUUUGUUUUGUUUAUUCACUCUCUCUCUCUUGUAAUUUCUCUCCGCGCGCUCGCGUGUAUGAUAAUAAUAUCAUCAUCACCACCACCUUCUUACCUAAAACAGUUUUUCCUAGGCUUUUCAAAAAUAUUUUCCCAACCACCGUCUUUCAUUCCUUUGUCACCCCUGACCUUCUCUCACUCACCCCUCCCAAGACUGGAACAGAAUUCCCUCCUCACCACCACCACCACUGCCCUUCAAUUAUUAUUUGCUCCCCUCUAUAUUCUUUCUUUCACUCUAUAUUUAUAUCUCUCUUCUUCAAAUAUCUCUCUCUCUCUCUCUUCUCUCUCUCUCUCUCUCUCUUGUAUCUAUCUAUUUGUCCCUAUCCAUUUACUUCAAACCUGUGCUUUUUAUCUAUUUACAUUUCUGUGUAUCUGUUGGUGUUCCUCUCUCUGUUUAUAUAUCUCUAUAGGCAAUUCUUUUACUUCAUCCCUCUAUUCUCAUUUCUCUCUCCAUGUUUUUUGUACUAUUUCUCUCUCCCCACUUCUUUCUUAGUGUUUCAUUCUAUCUCAUUAAUCUCCAUUGGUGCCUCUCCCUGUUCAUGUCUCCAUUGGUGCCUCUCCCUGUUCAUGUCUCCACUGGUGCCUCCCACACCCUUGAGUUAUUUUUUUCCCACUCCUUACUCUCUAUAUCUCUAUCUCUUUUUUGAGUCUUUCUAUCUUUUUCUUUCCUUCCUUUCUUCAAUUUCUCUUUUCUCAUUGUAUCUGGCUUUUUUCUAUCUUAGCAGCUUAACUAAUUUUCUCUGUUCUUUCUCUUCAUCCUUUCCCUUAUUCCCCUCUAACCUGCAUUUUGUUUUCUCCAUUUUGGUCUCUAUUUCAUGUCCUUGUCACUUUUCUUUUUCUCUGUCUCUAUCUGUAUCGAUAUUUCUCUUGUUUCCCACCCAGUGUUCAUCUCUUAGUAUCUCUCUGUCUUUACUCGUAUUCUUCUCUCACUUCUUUCUCAAGCCAACUUCACAAUCCAGUGUUGUGAAAUUUAAUUUGUGCGUGCCUCUGUCUCAUUCUCUUCAUAUCUCUCUCUUUCUCAUUCUCUUCCUAUAUAUCUCUCUCAUUCUCUUACUGUGUAUUUCUCUCUCUCUCAUUCUCUUCCUGUAUCUCUAUAUCUCAUUCUCUUCCAAAUCUCUCUCUCUCUCUCUCUGA